CUCAGUGUCAUUAUCAAAUUCAAUAUUGUCGUGCAAGUUUUUAACCCAUGUUGUGCAAUUUUUCUUGUAAUUUUUGCAAUAUCUUCUGAGUUAUCCACCUUCUAAAUUAUCAGUAUACUCUAAGGACAUUGUGUUGCAAGUACGUCGAAAAAGUUAAGUGAUAUCUUUCACAAUGCGGCUCGUCGAUUCUUCAAAACUUUUAGAACUUCAAAACAAACCUACAAAUAUUCGAAAUAUUUGUAUUGUGGCGCACGUGGACCAUGGGAAAACAACUUUGGCAGACUCUCUUGUAGCCAGCAAUGGGAUAAUAUCGCAGCGAAUGUCAGGAAAGCUGCGGUAUAUGGACAGCAGGCCUGAUGAGCAGGAGAGAGGUAUAACCAUGAAGAGUAGCAGCAUAGCCUUGUACCAUUGUGUGGACCAGCAGGAGUACUUGGUAAACCUGAUAGAUUCACCAGGACAUAUCGAUUUCUCCAGUGAAGUGUCUACCGCAGUCAGACUUUGCGAUGGAGCUAUUGUUGUUGUGGAUGUGGUAGAAGGUGUUUGCCCACAAACCAGACUGGUACUAAAACAAGCAUACUCAGAGAAUAUCAGAGCAGUGUUAGUCUUGAACAAAAUUGACAGGCUCAUCCUAGAGAUGCAGCUAACACCAUUGGAUGCGUAUGUGCACUUGAUGCAGGUGUUAGAACAAGUUAAUGCGGUUAUGGGAGAACUGUUCACUACUGAGGUGUUUGAGAAUGAGGAGUCUACUAUGGAGAAAGAGCAACAAAAAGAAAAAGUAGAGAAAAAAGAAGACAAUAACUUCUAUGAUUGGACCUCCGCUCUGGAUGAUGCUGACGACUCCAAUCUUUAUUUCGCUCCUGAACAUGGCAAUGUGGUAUUUGCUAGUGCCGCUGAUGGCUGGGGUUUUACUAUACAUACUUUUGCUAAAUUGUUCUCUGAGAAACUUGGUGUUAAAGAAGAAAUCUUAAGAAAAGUGUUAUGGGGUGAUUUCUAUUUGAAUACCAAAACAAAACGCUUCAUGAAGGGAGCUCAAGAAAAAGCUAAGAAACCGCUUUUUGUCCAGGUUAUAUUAGAUAAUCUGUGGAAUGUGUACGAAACAGUAGCAAUGAGAAAUGAAAAGGAAAAAGUCCCUGUUAUUUGUGAAAAACUUGGCAUAAAAUUAACGACCAGGGAUUUGAGACAUACUGACUCCAGAGUACAACUUCAGUCCCUAAUGGUCCAGUGGCUCCCUCUAUCAAGCACAGUACUUAACAUGGUUUGCGAAAAACUCCCAUCGCCAAAAGAAAUUCUACCAGAAAAGGUAGAAAAAUUAAUGUGCUCAAGAAUACGUGAUUUCAAUUCCUUUUUCCCUGAAACACAGAAAUUAAAGGAAGACUUUUUAGCCUGUGAUAGUAGUGAAGAUAGACCAAUAAUUAUUUUUAUAUCUAAAAUGUAUAAUGUUGAUAAGAGUAUAUUGCCGGAGAAUAAGCCAAAGGUCUUGACGGCUGAGGAGAUGGCUUUGAGGAGGGAGAGAGCCAGACAGCUACGAGAAAAGAAAGAGAACAAUACUGUUGAAGUUGCUCCUUUAGAAGAAGAUAAAAAAGAAGAUGAUGUAGAAAAGACCAGUGAAGAAGAUCAGCCAGUAUUCAUCGCAUUUGCUAGAAUAUUUAGUGGGAAAGUAAAGAAAGGGGACAAGGUUUAUGUCCUAGGCCCCAAACAUGACCCCGCCAAAGUACUUAGUAAAGACUUCCAAGUAGAUCCUAAUAAGAAACUUAAGGACUUGCAGAGUGAUGAGCAUAUCACUUGCACUGAGAUCAAAUCCCUGUAUAUUCUAAUGGGACGAGAAUUAGAAAUGAUAGAUGAAGCAAUUGCUGGGAAUAUUAUUGGUAUCGGCGGUUUAGAGGACCACGUACUUCGAACGGCGACAUUAUCUAGUACGAUAGCUUGUCCAGCAUUUAGUGAGAUGCAAUACUCAGUAGUACCGAUAUUAAGGGUUGCUUUAGAACCUACGUAUCCAUCGCAACUACCUCAAUUGGUUAAAGGUUUAAAACUUCUUAACCAAGCAGAUUCCUGUGUUCAAGUGUUACUGCAGGAGACAGGUGAACACGUGCUGGUCACGGCUGGUAAAAUACAUUUAGAGAGAUGUCUAGAAGAUUUAAAGAAUCAAUACGCAAAAAUACCAAUCACAGUAUCAGAACCAAUCGUUCCAUUCAGAGAAACAAUAGUAGAACCGCCAAAAAUAGACAUGGCGAACGAAGAAAUUGACACCCAAAACGUUAUAGAUAAGACCACAGAUAAAGACGUAGAUCCAGUUAUAACGGUGUACACAAAUAACAAACAAAGUAGGAUAAAGAUUAGAGCGAAGCCAAUACCGAAUGAAAUAACGGCUUUACUAGACAAAUCAACUGAUUUACUCAAAGCAAUUUCACAACACAUAAAAACAUUGCAAGGAUUACACAAAAAUGAUAGCUUAGAAACUAAAUUAGAAAAUUUACAAGUUAAUGGAACGAAGCAUAAACUGUCCGAUCGUAUGUUGAAACUUAUUCAGACUUUUAAAGAGGAAUUGCAGGGUAUAUGUGAUAAACUAAGUCCUGAAUGGAAGGAUUUGGUUAAAGAAAUAUGGUCUGUAGGCCCUAGGAAUUGUGGGCCAAAUUUGCUUCUCAAUCAGACUGCAGAUUAUAGAACGAAGUAUCUUCAUCAUGAGCAGGAGAUAAAGGAGGAUCCGAGGUUUGAGUAUGAGAGUAGUUUUGUGAAUGGGUUCCAGUUGGCUUCCUUGGCUGGGCCUUUGUGUGAUGAGCCAAUGAUGGGAGUUGCGUUCUGUGUCGAAGAAUGGUCUUUGGAUAAGUCCGCUGGAGAUGAUAUGGCGCAUUUUGGACCUUUGUCAGGUCAAAUCAUGUCAACAGUCAGAGACGCCUGUAGAAAAGCUUUCCAAGCACAACCUCAGCGUUUGAUGGCAGCGAUGUACACCUGCGACAUCGUCGUCGACCAGAAAGUAUUAGGCAAGCUGUACGCAGCGCUGGGUCGUCGCGGUGGUCGUGUAGUAGGCAGUGACCUGCAGAGUGGCUCCGCAUCAUUUAGAGUGCAGGCUCUACUGCCCGUCGCUGAGAGCUUCAAGUUUGCGCUGGAGUUGAGGACUCACACGUCUGGACUCGCUGCUCCUCAGAUGUUGUUCAGUCAUUGGGAGGUGAUUGACAUCGAUCCAUUCUGGAAGCCGCGCACUGAGGAGGAGUACUUGCAUUGGGGAGAGAAAUGGGACGGAGUGAACAGAGCCAAGGCCUACAUGGAUUCAGUCAGGGCUCGCAAGGGGCUGGCUACGGACAAACAGCUUGUACAACACGCUGAGAAACAGAGAACACUGUCUAAAAACAAAUAAGGUCCAAUUUUUCCUCCUCCUUCCCCAAUGUAUCACAAUUGUUUACCAUCAGGUAAUCAAUCUGCUUGUUUGCCUUUUCAUCCCAUAGAAAUAUACCUGUAUACCUAUAAUCGCCUGUAAUGCCUUAAUUAAAGAAUUACUUCAGGAUAAUCAAUGCAAAUGAUACUUAGAACUCAUGUUAAUAAGUAACUAAAUCUGAAUGAUCAAUACAAAUAGUAUCUAUUUAAAAAUGUAUCCCAUAUGCCUUGCUGUCAUGAGUGUAUGUAUAAUAUGUAUGUAUGAAUUCAUAAUAAAAAAUGUUACCGUCCCAUAAGCCCAUAAUUUCAUGGAUUUUGUUAACAUCGAAUUUAUGUGUCAAAUGUCAGCAUUAUGUAUCACUAGAUACUCAAUUGAUAUUAUGUGAUAAUUUUAGUUUACAUGGCAACUUUUCGAUGAAUAAGUACCUAAAUAAAAUAAUGAAUUAUGUUCGUAAUAUGAUAUUAAAUGAAUUAUGAUUUGAUUUCUGUACAGUAAGCAUUAAGCAAUGCGUGCUUUGAAGGCUAAUUCCUACAUAACUAUAUUUCGGUAUUUAAUAUACUUGUCACAAAUAACAAAGUUUGGAAAGGAAUUCUAUAUUAGGAAAAAAUAUUGUAAUCAUUUGUAACGGUACAGCAUUUUACAUGCAAACUUGUUUACUAAAAAUAACUUGUGACGUACGAACGAUGACGUCAAAUGGAAAUCUAUUAAUAAUUCGAAAUACUCUGAAUGUUUGGCUGUACCUGCUAUGGUAAUGUCAACCUUAAUGGCGAAUUUAUUAAACUGGCUUAGCUAAUUUGUUUUAUAGUUGAUGGUUGUUAUUACGAAUGAAUUUAUUGUAAUUAUUUUCGUUUUACAUCGUUUCUGUUCUAAAAUAUAUACUUUUAUAUAGUGUAGGAGCCGUUGAACUAGAAAAAGGUAAUAAUUUUUUCGUAAUCUAAAAUUAAACACUGAAAUAGUAUUAAUAUACUUUCUUACCACAUACUCAUUAAACUGUCAAAUACCAAGCGGUCACCGGUGACCGCAAUCUAUUGUUCUAUAAUUGUGUCUGCAAAACCGGUACUCGACGAGUUAAAUCACGAAUUCAAUUUCCAUUCUGAUAAAAUACAUUACUUUUAGUGCCAAAACAUUUUGUAUUUGUAUCAAAAUCAUUUUUAAAAUUACUUGUAAGAUAUUCAUUUAUGUACUACAUUAAGAACUCAUAUCGGCUGAUUUCUUUUUACAUUACAUUUUGUUUAGGCAGAUAUAAACAUAAUAAUAUUACCUCUUUUAUUACUUACUAUUUUAUUUAAUUGUUGUCCUAAUAAAUUUUAAGUGAUCAUAGUAUACUUUAGGUACUUGUUAGUAUAUGAUUAAAUUCGUUGUGUAUGAAAUGAAUAGAUACUUAUAUCGAAGUAGAACUUUGUAGAUAUAAAUACAUAGUAUUUAUUAUGAACAGUUGUCUUACAAAUUGUAUUUAAUGUACUUUUCAUACUCGUAUUUUUAAUAUAA